GGCGGGGCAAUAUAUCUAUUCCGGCAACCCGGUUAAAACUUUAACGGACCAUUUGAACUUCACAACUAACUUUCUUUGUAAACUGUGUUUUAUAUGGCUGCGGGAUACAUGCAGACACCCUAGUAUGUCUCAUAAUGAGGCACUAGAGCCCUGGGUCCAAGUGUAAUGGCCACACCUCGAACAAGGUGGCUGCUGUCCAUCUUGCUGGUCAACCUGCCAAAUUGUUUUGCUCAAGGUCCUACUGCUGCUCCCUCUCAUCCUGAGUGCUGUAUCCCAUGUGGUGAGAUAAACAAUUGUGCAGAUAUCCACUGUAGUUGGGAUCCCAGGCUGGACCCUCAGAUCCCCACAAACUACAGCUUGCACUGGGAGCCAGAACAUACAGAGGUGGGGCAUGUGAUCAGUGGGACCAGUUUGGAUUGGAUUAUCCCUCGUGAACACUUCAAUAGUGGGAAACUUCGUGUUUGGGUCCAGGCUAAGAACCAGCUCGGUUCUGCCAAAUCUCUGGAGGUUGUGUUCAAUACAGCAGAUAUCAUCAAGCUGCCCCCUCCUAAAGUCACAUCAAGCCACCAGGAAGAAUUAGAGAUUUCCUGGAAUUCCACCUGUGAUGAGCAGCAGCUCUCUGCGGGACCGUGUGAUGUCAGAUUUCAGAGGGAGGCAGAUCAAGACUGGCUUCAGGAUGGGGAUAUAAUCCAUGGCAGCUAUACAAUCAACAGUCCCCAGGCCUGCACAAUCUAUGAAAUUCAAGUUCGUUGUUCCUGUGACAUAGGCUUGAAGAGUGACUGGAGCGCAAGCCACAGAAUACGAAGCCCAGAGACAGCCCCUGUUGGAGAGCUGGAUGUAUGGCAGGACUGUGGGAUAUCCCAGGAAAGCUCUGACUGUGUUCUGGCCUGGAAGAAACUUCCUAUAUCUGCGGCUUGCGGUGUCAUUUUGGGAUAUGAAGCCAGACUGUCUUAUAAUAAUGGCACUCUGGUGUUGGUGAAUGUGUCCGUAGCUGAGCCAAAGGACAGCUUGGUGUGUGGGGAGAUGCAAUGCCACUUCACUACCUCUCUAAAGGGUGUAUCAACAGUCAGUAUAUCUGCCUACAACGCUCAGGGUGCCACAGUGCCGUCUUAUCUCGCCAUGCCAAUACCAGGUAAAGAGAAAACAGAGCAAGCUAUUCACCUCACGAUGAAUGAAGAGAACCUCACUGUAUCCUGGGGUCUGUCCACUCAGCUCUCAGACAACCUGAAGGAAUAUGUGGUGCAAUACAAACAAGCAGGAGGUCCUCCUGGCCAAGGAUUUGAUUGGGUCAAAGUGAAGAAAAACCAAACAACAGGAUUGUUUAAAGGUCGAUAUACAAAGUACACACCCUACAAAGUGUCACUGUUCACUUUAUCGCACAGCAGAGAAGUCCAUCACCUUUCAUCAGUUAUUGGAUAUUCACUUGAAGGAUCGCCCUCCUCAGUGCCAUCAUUUCAGGUGUUCUCGAUUGCUGCUACUCAAGUGACCUUGUUUUGGAAGUCCGUUCCCCUCUCCAAGCAGAAUGGGGUGAUCCUGUACUACCAAAUAGUAGCAGACAGUAGAGUAGACGGACAAAACGUGUACAAUGUGAGUGCACCUCCAAAUACUUUUAAGCUACUACAUCUCAGUCCAGGACAGGAGUACGAGGUGCGGAUAAGAGCUGUGACUGCAGCUGGGGCUGGAGUAAAUGCCACCGCAAAGUUCAAAACGAAGCACCUCGAAGAUUUUGGACAUGUAAUAUUUCGAGUUGUGUCUGGAAUCCUUUCCUUGGUUGUAAUAUGCGUUGCUACUUUGUACUGUGCUUGUCGGGGAGAGAAAAAAGCGUGUCUGCCGUGUUUCUAUUACAAAGUGCCAGAUGCCCGCAACAGCCAAAUUUUUAGAAACAAGAACCAGAUUAAUGACCCCUGGGCUUCAACCUGCAUUCCCAUCUAUGAGCCACAUCCCAAGAUCUCUCUGUUGGAGGUUGUUGAAGUCCAGCGCUGGGCUUUCAAGUCCUCCCUGGAGAAAUCCUCCAACAAUGACAGAUUAACUAGACCAUUGGUCGGAGAUGAGUGCUCACAGAUGGACUGCAAAGAGGAUCAGAAGGAGGAGGCUGCCGCAGAGGAGUGUCCCAGGACAGACCAUAGAUAUGGAAGAGAAGAGUACAGCAAAAUGGUUGACUCAGAUGAGGAGAGGGACAGGGAGGAGGAGAACAGGGAAGACUGUUGGAGCUCAUCAGAGGAAAACCAGUCAACGUCUGGCUAUGAAAAGCACUUUAUGCCCACUGCUUGUGAAGUGCUGAAGGUGUGAUGUUUUCUCUGGUUCAUGGACAUUCAUCUCAGAUGUGUUUUAUUUUUUUAAAUAUGCAGAAGACUUUCAAUGUUGAAAUGUGAUUUUAGACGAUGACCCUGCAUCUGUUUGUUUUGUAUUUUUGUACGGUGUUCCUUUUUCUUACUUUUCCCAUGCCAGUUACAACUCAUGUGGAGCCCGCAUAUUUAUCUUACGAUGAGACUGGUCGUGAGAAUAUAAACCUAGAGUAUUAUUUCAAGAGGCAAAAAACAACAACAAAUCCAGACAGGAGCCUCAAUAUAAAGUAAAUCAGGAAUUAUUUGUCACUGACAUUGUUAGCACUUGCUCAUAUACAUGAUCAUUUGUAUAAGGAUCUCAGGAAACUGUGUGGAAUGUUAGAAAUAUAUUAGUAUAGUACAGAUAUUUAAAUUAUCCACAUGCACACACAUUAAACUUUAUAUUUUGAUAAGUAAAAGGUACAUUAGACAUACGUGCAACUGACAUUUGGUGAACAAAUAAACACUUAACAAGGGUCUGGCUACAGAGUUUCUAACUUUAGUGACAACAGAGCCAUUCUAGUGGAAUAUGGUACAAUAUGUGAUAGCACAUUUAGCAUACAGUCAUUCCACAGCCAUAAUAUUAAAGUAUUACACCUAAUAAUCAAACAUAUAAAGCCCUAUCCAACAUCAUGGCACAAAUACAGAACAACACACCAGUGUCAGAUAGUGAUCGUGUAUUAAAUGUUGAAUGUAUACAAAUGUACUGUUACUAAAUGUCUGUUGACUGACUGAGCCAUUAUACAUGUGUAACAAAUGGGUGUUCAUGGGGAUGCGUUGUUGUUAAGUACUAUGCUAAAUGAUGUCUGUGUUUUUUACUAUGUCCAAAAUGAUUGAUAGAUGCAUACAAAUUGUGUAUUAUUUCCUGUAAUAUGCCUUGACAAUGGCACUUUUUCAAUGACAAUUCUCCUUAACAUUUCCUUGUAAAUUAUAUAUUGUAUCUUUUUUUAAUUGUGUGUAUAUGUAAAUAAAUAAAUAAACUAUAAUAAGAUGACAUGA